GCGGGGGCGGGGGUCAGGAGAGGCUUCUCCAUAGGAGGCAGCGGGUGAGUGGAGCCCCAAAGGCGCUGUAAGGUGGCGGUGAGGGAGAAGGGCAUUGGUCUGCACAAGGAAGGUAAGGCUGGGGAUGGGACAGCCAGGAGUUAGCCGGAAUGUAGGUGCAAAUGCCAUCUCUACUGUUAGCCUUCCACCCCUGCCCCUUGAUUUAAGUCUCUGUUUAUGUGGGGGCUGGGACUCCACGCAGUUGCCCGGCUGGAGGUGGGGGAGUGGACAGAAAGACCUCAUGCUGUCUGGAAACAGGUCACUGAAUAAGAUGGGGGCAGCAGUAGGGUGGCUGGGGCUUGAACUUUUGCAGAGUCCAGGAGCGCCUGGAUCCCCAUAACACAGACUGUACCACGGCAUAUAAACUUGAGGCAGGACUGUGAGUAGGUGGAUGGAUCCUUGGAAAGCAUGACCUUCCCCCGAGUCCUGCCAUGAAAGCUGCAGAGCGGCUGAGGUCCGUCACGCCGGUCAAGUUUAACAUCUCCAGCCGAACGGACGCUGGUGUCCACGCUCUCGAGAACUCUGCCCAUCUAGACGUUCAGCGCCUGACUGGCCGACCCCCUUUCUCACCUGAUAUCCUCACGUUAGCCCUCAAUAGACACUUGGCGCACCCUGACAUCAGGGUGAUCCGAGCUUUUCGGGCCCCCGACGACUUCCACGCUCGCUUUGAAGCCACGUCAAGGACCUACCUGUACCGGGUGGCAACCGGCUGCCCCCUGGACACGCUGUCUGUGUUUGAACAGAACCUGUGCUGGGCACUGAGGACUGAUCACCUGGAUGUGAAGGCCAUGCAGGAGGCCGCCCAGCAUCUCCAGGGCACCCACAACUUCCAGGCCUUUAGGUCAGCAAGUGAGAAUAACUGGCAGAACCCUGUCAAGACACUGCUCCGGGCCUCUGUGGUCCCUGCACCAGCCAGCCCCUUCACCCAUCCCCAGGAGAAGAGGAAGGUGCAGUUUUGGGACAUAGAGUUUGAGAGCAAGUCUUUCCUGUACAAACAGGUGCGGAGGAUGACCGCAUGCCUGGUGGCAGUGGGGUUGGGGACCCUAACCCCCUCCCAGGUGAAGGAAAAGCUGGAGAGUCAGGACCCCUGGAGUGGCCCUGGAUUACUGGUGGCCCCUGCUCAGGGCCUGUUCCUGAAAUCUGUGCACUAUGAAGGCCUUGACUGGGGCCCUGGCAAGGACUGGUACAAUCGCCCGUCUGUCUCAAGAGGCUGCAGUUCAGGAGAUGUGCCAGAGGGUCCUGGGCUCUGACUGGACCGGGGAUGCCCCAGGAUAUAGUUUGGGCAAAUAAAGGGGAGACAUUUGGACUGUC